UUAACCGUUCAUUUUCUUGCUUUACCUCGUUUUUCUCAUGUUGACACUCACUUUCCUCCUCCUAAACCUAACCUGCCUUCCAAUAUUCUUCUUCAUGAACUUGUACUAAGUCCUUUCGAUCUCUAAUAGCAAUCUAGUAACUCAUCAUUCAUCCAAUGUUCUGGAGAAUUCUAGGCUUUGGUUCAAGCAUAGUUGCAUUUACCUGUUUUGCCCUGAGUCCCUCUUUCCAUGAACUGUUUGGCAGGUGGAAUCUGUUCACAAGCGCCAUCUAUAGCGUCGCUAGUUUAAGCCUAACCACCUUGAUGCUAUUUGUUGGGAAAUGCAGGGAAUUUACAAGAUCAGUUCUGGUGAAAGCACAUGUGGGUUUUCUGGUUUUGAUGCUAACCUCCCUCUGUUCCAUUUGGCAAGACCUGGUUAGCCAAGAAGAAAACGAUGAAAAGGGAUUGCGUGGGAAAAUCCUAAACCUGUGUUCGUUUGGGGCAUUUGCUUUGAUGUCACUCAGCUUGUCAAGACAGCUAAAGCUUGGAUUCGAAGUGGGUAUCUUCAAUUUCUUAUUUGGAAGUUUUUUGGUGUUGCUGAUGAAAAUGAACUUCAAAUUGGCCCCACUUGCGGUAUUAUUGUGUUACGUGCUUAUGCAUAUACGAUCCAUCUCAGAUUUUCUGAUGGAAAUGCGUGGGCGUCUUGACUCUGGUGAUACAGUACCUGACAAUGUAGAGAGUGGUUACCACAGUAUUGAUUUGCAACGAAUGGAUGUUCCGGAACAUCCUAUGCACAAAAAUCUAUUAAAAGAGCAUGCUGAAAGGUCCCACAUUCCACCUCCUACUUAUCAAGCUGUGAAUAUUGGACUUGCACAUGCCCCUAAAUUUAGGUCAGCAGUGUGGGUUGGUGGAAAGAGCUAUACUUCAGAAAACGUUUUUCCUAAUCGAAGAGCUGCUGAACAAGAUGUAGCAAAACUUGCUUUUAAGCACAUAACAACAGGAGUCAAAGAUGAAGGGCUUUCUCUGAUUCUUGAGGGACCAACUUCUUUCAAGUCUAUCUUAAAUGACUAUGCUAGGAGGAUGAAUCUAGAAAUUAGAUACGUCGACCCCGUUCCACAAGAAGGGCUUUCUGGUUUUUUGUCGUCUUUGAUUUUCAAUGGUAAACGCUAUAUUGGUGACCCAGCAAAGAAUAAAAAGGACGCUGAGCAAUCCGCAGCAUGUGCUGCUGUUCUUUCAAAUCUAGAAAGCUUUUCUUUUUAGCAAUUCUGGAUCUGGUGCUUCUCUCUGAGAUAAUGAAAUCAUAAUUCAAGUUGUGUGUUUAAGUCUUCACAACACCUUACAGCUGUAUCACCUAAAGUAAAAGACUCUAAGCUUCCAAAAGAAGAAUAAAGAGGCUAAAGAGAAGUCUCGGAGUAAAGCUAUGUUAAGCACCUUGAUAUAUGAACCUGUGUCUUACUGCCUUUUUUAAUCAUCUGCGCCAUAUUUUCUCAACUGGACCUUCUGUGAAGAAAAGCACGGACAAAAAAAAAAACGAGGAUUGCAAGAUGAAACUAACUCAAGGAGCUGUGUUUCAGAAAUUUAAACAGAGAACAGAAUAGCUGAGAUUUCGAGGGAAAAUGUCCAGAGACGAUUAUGCGCGACAUACGUAUUGCAGUUUGUCGUUUGAAUUUAUUCUAUUGUUCACCUAUGUCCAUGUUUGAAUC